CCAAAGAUAAUUCCAAUCUGGGACCAAUAGAAAAGUGUAUCACAAUCUGCCUUUAUCCUCCAUUCCACUCCAAUACAGUAGACCAGACUGAUGUUAUCUGAGCACAGACACAACACACUGCUUAACUGAGCUAGAUACUGGAAUGUAUUAUUUCCGAUUUUGCUCAGGUUACAGCUUGGAGACGAAGCAAUAACAUUACUCGGGGGUUAACCUGUUUCGGAGCAUUUUAAGUAACCGGGUUGAGCUUUCACUCGAGGGCAGAAAAAUGUCCCCAUCUAGACGACUGCUGUUCAUUUCCAUUACCCUCACUGUAUACAUUGUGGAUGGCAUCACGGCGACCGAAACGCUAUGUGGCGGUGAACUGGUAGACACACUACAAUUCGUCUGUGGUGAAAGAGGAUUUUAUUUCAGUAGAGCCACCGGACGGGCUAAUAGUCGCAGACAAAACCGUGGAAUAGUUGAAGAAUGCUGCUUUCGAAGCUGUGAUUUGAAUCUGCUGGAACUUUACUGUGCGAAACCUGUAAAGAAAGAACGCGACUUGUCAGCCACCCCUUUCCACCUUCUACCAUCAGCCAGUAAGGAAAGCUUCAGGAAACCUUUGGCAGCCAAAUAUUCCAAAUACGACUUUUGGCAGAAGAAAUCUGCCCAGCGUCUAAGAAGAGGCAUCGCUCCAAGCCUCGCGGCCCAGAGGAUCAGACGGCAAUUUGAGGAAAUCCAGAGCAAACAGCGUGUCCGAAUGCACAAGCCACUUCUAACUCUCCCCGCCAAACCACCCCUUGAAGUCAGAGCGUCGUCGGAGAAAUAUUUCAGCCGAGAAUGAUGAAGAAAAGCGGGGGUGUUUUUUUUUUUUGCACGUUUGUUUUGUGUGUGAUAAAGGACAGGGAUGAUAGCUUUGUUCCUUCCUGACGUCAUUUCUGUGGCAUUCCGACCUGAGUCCUACCCCUCUCUCCCGACCUUACCCUCCGCCUUCCCCACCUGACCCCACCACCACCUCCUCUCCUCUAAUUCCUUCCCUCCUUCCCUCGACCAGCAAUGAAAUGCAAGUGGCCCUGGUAAGAAAAGCGCUUACAGGCCUGGUAAGCAAAACAAGCCACAGGGUCUGAGACAUUUGGACCAAACAGGCAACUCUACAGACUACAAUCUUAUUUUUUUUCUCUCUUGUAAAGUUCACACGAUGCAUUAUAGAUGAUGUCUUCUGUUGUUCUGCACCUAUAUAAGAAGGGAUACCAACACUUCAUGGAAUAUAUAGUGUAAUCAAUCAAUCAGUCAAUCAAUCAGUCAGUCAACUGACCCAGAUCCUGCACCAUUUUUAACCACGACACAAGACGGAUGUGUGACGGACUUGAAAAAGGAAAUGGUGUCUGCAGUUUCACGUUGCCACAGAUUGCGUUGAUUUUUUUUUGCCGUCGUUGUUUUGUUUGGUUCAUUUUGUUUGCCCCUCCCCUCACCUUCCCCCCCCCCCACCCCUCCAAUGGCACUAUUUUUUUUCAUGAACGUUUAAAGUGUAGCGACACACAUUGUGUUACGGUGCUAACUUGCUUCGAGAGAAGCAAAGCGGCUGAUUCGAAGAAGUGGGAUUUGAUAAUGCACGGAUGUCGAACAGAACUUGAACCAGACCUUUCCGUUUUAGGAAAAGUGCGUGUGGGUGCGUUUGUGUGUGUGUGAGUCGUGUGUGUGCG